CAGCGGGGACUCGCCGCGACAUGCGCCUCUGGACCUGGAGCUGACCGGUUGCUACGAUGUCCUGGCGUGGGGUCCGGGUGCCUGUCUGGGGACCGCUGCUGGUGCUGACGCUGGCGCUGGGCGGGUUGCCGCAGGCAAGGGGCGUCCAUGAGGAGCACGGCGGCGCGAAUGGAACCAGCUAUGGCUUCCAGGUGGUCACCUUCAAAUGGCACCACGUUCAGGACCCGUACAUCAUUGCGCUCUGGAUCCUCGUGGCCAGUUUGGCUAAAAUCGUGUUCCACCUGUCCCACAAGGUCACCAGCAUUGUCCCUGAGAGUGCUCUGCUCAUUGUCCUGGGCCUGGUGCUGGGUGGCAUCGUCUGGGCUGCUGACCACAUCGCUUCGUUCACGCUCACGCCCACGGUCUUCUUCUUCUACCUGCUGCCCCCCAUCGUACUGGAUGCUGGCUACUUCAUGCCCAACCGGCUCUUCUUUGGCAACUUGGGCACCAUUCUGCUGUAUGCUGUCAUCGGCACCGUGUGGAAUGCAGCCACCACCGGCCUGUCACUCUAUGGUGUCUUCCUCAGUGGCCUAAUGGGUGACUUGCAAAUCGGGCUCUUGGACUUCUUGCUGUUCGGCAGCCUGAUUGCUGCUGUGGACCCGGUGGCCGUGCUGGCUGUGUUUGAGGAAGUCCAUGUCAAUGAGGUUCUGUUCAUCAUUGUUUUUGGGGAGUCGUUACUGAACGAUGCUGUGACUGUGGUCCUAUACAAUGUGUUUGAAUCUUUUGUGACACUGGGUGCUGACAAUGUGACUGGCGUGGAUUGCCUGAAAGGCAUAGUGUCCUUCUUCGUGGUGAGCCUUGGGGGCACUCUGGUGGGGAUCAUCUUUGCCUUCCUGCUGUCCCUGGUGACCCGCUUCACCAAGCAUGUACGCAUCAUUGAGCCGGGCUUCGUCUUUGUCAUCUCCUACCUGUCCUAUCUGACGUCUGAGAUGCUGUCCUUGUCGGCUAUCCUGGCCAUUACCUUUUGUGGCAUCUGCUGUCAGAAGUACGUGAAGGCCAACAUCUCGGAGCAGUCAGCCACCACUGUACGUUACACCAUGAAGAUGCUGGCCAGUGGAGCUGAGACCAUCAUUUUCAUGUUCCUGGGCAUCUCAGCUGUGGACCCCCUCAUCUGGACCUGGAACACAGCCUUUGUGCUACUCACGCUGGUCUUCAUUUCUGUGUACCGGGCCAUAGGCGUCGUCCUGCAGACCUGGAUCCUGAACCGUUAUCGCAUGGUACAGCUGGAGACCAUCGACCAGGUGGUCAUGUCCUAUGGCGGCCUGCGUGGAGCCGUGGCAUAUGCCUUGGUUGUGCUUCUGGAUAAGGACAAGAUCAAGGAGAAGAACCUGUUUGUCAGCACCACCAUCAUUGUGGUCUUCUUCACAGUCAUAUUCCAGGGCCUGACCAUCAAGCCCCUGGUGCAGUGGCUGAAGGUGAAGAGGAGUGAGCAUCGCGAGCCAAAGCUCAAUGAGAAGCUGCAUGGCCGGGCUUUCGACCACAUCCUCUCGGCCAUCGAGGACAUCUCAGGACAAAUUGGACACAAUUAUCUCAGAGAUAAGUGGUCCAAUUUUGAUAGGAAGUUCCUCAGCAAGGUCCUCAUGAGAAGGUCAGCACAAAAGUCUCGAGAUCGGAUUUUGAAUGUUUUCCACGAGCUGAACUUGAAGGAUGCCAUUAGCUAUGUGGCUGAGGGAGAGCGCCGUGGGUCCCUGGCUUUCAUCCGCUCCCCAAGCACAGACAACAUGGUCAACGUGGACUUCAGCACGCCACGCCCAUCCACAGUGGAGGCUUCUGUCUCCUACCUGCUGAGGGAGAAUGUCAGCGCGGUGUGCCUGGACAUGCAGUCCCUGGAGCAGAGGAGGAAGAGCAUCCGCGACACCGAGGACGUGGUCACCCACCACACGCUGCAGCAGUACCUGUACAAGCCACGGCAGGAGUACAAGCAUCUCUACAGUCGGCACGAGCUGACGCCGAACGAGGACGAGAAGCAGGACAAGGAGAUCUUCCACAGGACUAUGCGGAAGCGGCUGGAGUCCUUCAAGUCGGCCAAGCUGGGCAUCAACCAGAGCAAGAAGGCGGCCAAGCUGUACAAGAGGGAGCGGGCGCAGAAGCGGAGGAACAGCAGCAUCCCCAACGGGAAGCUGCCGGUGGAGAACCCGAAUCCGGCGCACAACUUCAUCAAGGAGAAAGAUUUGGAACUUUCGGACCAUGAGGAGGCCCCCGACUACGAAGCCGAGGAGACCAGUGGGGGUAUUGAGUUCCUAGCGAGCGUCACGAAGGAUGUAGCCUCAGACUCUCCAGCAGGAAUUGACAACCCUGUGUUCUCCCCGGAUGAGGACCUGGACCCGAGCAUCCUGUCCAGGGUGCCACCCUGGCUGUCCCCUGGGGAGACUGUGGUACCCUCCCAGAGGGCCCGCGUGCAGAUCCCCCACUCUCCCAGCAACUUCCGCCGCCUGACGCCAUUCCGCCUCAGCAACAAGUCGGUGGACUCCUUUCUGCUGGCUGAUGUCCCCGAGGAGCGGCCCCACACUGUCCUCCCAGAGUCCACGCACAUGUGACACCGGCUCUGACACGCCGCUGACCGGAAGCUCGUCUCCGCGCCUGGGACCACCCGCCGCCAUGCAG